CCUCGCCGGCGCCGGGUGGGCGGCUCGCGGCGGCGGCGAUAUGGCUGCGCUGGUGGAGCCGCUAGGGCUGGAGAGGGACGUGUCCCGGGCCGUGGAGCUCUUGGAGAGGCUGCAGCGCAGCGGGGAGCUGCCCCCUCAGAAGCUGCAGGCCCUCCAGCGGGUCCUGCAGAGCCGCUUCUGCUCCGCCAUCCGCGAGGUGUACGAGCAGCUCUACGACACGUUGGACAUCACUGGCAGCGCCGAGGUGCGGGCUCACGCCACAGCCAAGGCCACGGUAGCUGCUUUCACAGCCAGUGAGGGUCAUGCACAUCCCAGGGUAGUGGAGCUGCCUAAGACUGAUGAGGGACUGGGUUUCAACAUCAUGGGUGGCAAGGAGCAGAAUUCGCCUAUUUAUAUCUCCCGCGUCAUCCCUGGAGGUGUGGCUGAUCGCCAUGGAGGCCUCAAGCGAGGGGACCAACUACUGUCGGUGAACGGUGUGAGUGUGGAGGGUGAACAUCACGAGAAGGCGGUGGAACUGCUGAAGGCGGCCCAGGGCUCAGUGAAGCUGGUGGUGCGUUACACGCCUCGUGUUCUGGAGGAGAUGGAGGCCCGCUUUGAGAAGAUGCGCUCGGCCCGCCGGCGCCAGCAGCACCACAGCUACACGUCCUUGGAGUCUCGAGGCUGAAACCACAGACCAGAACCUUUCUCCUCCUUCUCUGUCCCUUGUACAGUAUUUAUUGUCACUGGAUCCCUAUUUAAAGAUCUUUGACCCUCA